CACGGCUAGGCCAUUUCAACAUAUUGAGUCUAGACAACCUGGUUACUAUAUAUGUAUGAUACCUGUAGAUUGAUUGACUAUUCGUACUCUAUAUUAUGGAGACUCUACACUUGAAAUCUAAAAGAAUAUGGAUGUUUUUAUUUGUUAUUUAUCUACCUGGUUUAUCAGCAAUAACACGUCCCCCUAGUAUAAAUAUACAACCAAACUAUGAUGUUUAUUAUAAAGGUGGUGAAACAGUAGAGAUGCCAUGUGUAGCUGAUGGAGAACCUCAACCAAACUAUACAUGGACAAGAAAUAGUGAAGAAUUUAACACAAGUGGUAAUGAUGAUCGCGUGGUGCAGUUACCCAAUGUAGGUACAAUAGUAAUCAACAGACCAGAAGAUAAAGAUGAAGGUGUAUAUCAGUGUUUCGCUGAUAAUGGCUAUGGUAAAUCGGCAACAAUUAAUAUUAAUUUAAGGAUAGCCAAAUUGGAUCAAUUUGCUAUUGCUGCACCUAUUAUACAUACACCAAACCUUGGCGAUCCUUUGACGCUUGAUUGUGUUUUACCUGACAGUGUUCCGAGUCCUCAAUUUUACUGGGCGAUAAGGAAUGAAAGUCAUCAGAUAGCCAUCGAUUAUGAUGCUCGUAUUACUCUUGAUGAUGAAGCUCGUCUACGAAUAACCAAUGUAAAGGCCGAGGACAGACAAGAGGAUCGUGCUUAUACAUGUAUUGCUUUAAAUCGAGUUGCACGACAAGUUGUGUCUGGAUUUCCAAAUUUUAUCAAACCAAGAGGAACUGUGGAGACUUUACAUAACGUAAACUAUAUGUGGGCGUCACCUAGUGAUCAUUAUGGUCUUCGUGGUGAUGAGUUUAAACUAAAGUGUAUUUUCUCUGGAAAUCCGACUCCUGUGGUACAUUGGACGAAAAUGACUGGAGGGACUAUGCCACCAGGAGUGAACAUAACGAGUUUUGGCCCAGAAUUAAUAUUUCCCCAUUUAGAGUUUAGCGAUGCUGGAGAAUAUGAAUGUGUUGGUAACAACACGAUAACGCAGACACCGGGUCGAGUUUCUUUCAGUUUACGUGUUGAAUCGCGACCGUAUUGGGUAGAUGGUGGCCUAAAGGACGCAGAAGUUGCAAUCGGAGAAUCUGCUAACUUUUCAUGCAAGGCUGGUGGAGUUCCUGUACCAUAUGUACAGUGGUUCGUCAAUGGUGUACGUCUUUCGGGAGUUACAGAUCCUAGAAUCACGAAUGGUAGAUUUAAAGUUUUAACGGAUGAUACGGCGAUGAUGAUUAACGUGACACUUGCUGAUGCUAUGGUUAUCCAGUGUAAUGUGUCAAAUAAGCACGGAUAUAUCUGGGGUGAUUCCUACUUAAUAGCCUAUUUACCAAUGUAUACCAUAGAAUCGGUAGGACAAGAUUAUAUUAACGUUACCUGGUCAUUAGACGACUUGGAUAAAACAGGAACAGUGAUGUUUGUAGAAUACAGAAAACUAGGUGACUCAGAAUGGAUGAAUUCAACCGUUGAUUAUAAGAAUACACGGACGACUAUUCCCGAUCUCGAACCUGGUGCAACUUAUGAACUGCGAGUUGUAGCUAUUUAUAGAACACAGAGAGUGGAAUCUAAUAUUACCCAGGUUGCAACCACGGCUGAUGAUGAAGUACCAAUGUAUACCAUAGAAUCGGUAGGACAAGAUUAUAUUAACGUUACCUGGUCAUUAGACGACUUGGAUAAAACAGGAACAGUGAUGUUUGUAGAAUACAGAAAACUAGGUGACUCAGAAUGGAUGAAUUCAACCGUUGAUUAUAAGAAUACACGGACGACUAUUCCCGAUCUCGAACCUGGUGCAACUUAUGAACUGCGAGUUGUAGCUAUUUAUAGAACACAGAGAGUGGAAUCUAAUAUUACCCAGGUUGCAACCACGGCUGAUGAUGAAGUUAAUAAUUCCCGCCCGUUGUCUAAUAUUGAAUGGAUUCUAGGAUUUCUCGGGGCUGUUGUUGCAGUUCAUCAGAGACACAUCUGGUGAAUUAUUAAAAGCUUAUUACCAUACGAAUACAUAUAGCAGCGAUAAGAACGUGCCAUCCAGAAAAGCCUUAACGUCCACAACUUUUAAUUUUUAUUAAACAGUUCAUGAACAAUGACUUCAACCAAAAUUUACAUAUAAACUGUUAAUGUGAAAUACUUAAAUUAGAAAAAUGUAGUGGCCUUGGAAGAAAAUUCGUGAUCUAGAAGUGCGUUUCUCUACCGACACGAAAUCCAGAAUAUUCAAUUUAGUUCUUCGAUUCUGUAACGAUAAGCAACGUCACACUAUCGUGCAAAAGAUCCAUAUUGCUGGGCAGAUAUUUCCCCUAUGCAAUUUAAUCUGAAAACCAAUAUUAUUUUACUUAACUAUAAAGCGUAGGUUCCACUAAAUAGAUGUCUUGGUUGGUGUUGGGGUAGGCCAAUCUGAUUAAAAUAUAGAUCUAUAUUUCGUUUCUUUUUUUUAUAAUUUCAAUGACCUACACUAUAUGAAGAUCUGACUAGUUGUUGUGGGUAUGUCGCCUCAGAGGUCAUGCGAGCGGCUUUUGACCCUAUGACGCCAGACAUUUCAUUAACCAAUCAGCAUUGAUGUUUCUAGUGGAUUACCCACAGUUCCGUGCACAUCAAAAGUUCGCCGCAACAGACCAUUUCAUUGGCUAAUCCCUCGCAUCAUCCAGAACACGUCGAUGCUAAGAAUUCUUAGGGAGCCUAGUGUAGUAAAGACAAGUAAAACAAAAUUUUGAACUAUAAAAACGAAACGAAAUAGGAUCUGUGUUUUAAUCAGAUUGGGAUAGGGCGCCCAAUCUCAUCUUGGGAUGCAUUUUCUUUCUAUAACCGCGUUUACUUCGAACUAAACUUAAAAGAGGAAUUGGCGCAUUAUUGGUGUCAGUCGCUGCAGUAUAUCGUUUAUCAGUUAUAUUUUAAGAAAAUAUUUUUUUAUUACAUUAUUAUUAUUUGCUUAAUGUAUAUCGUAAAUUGAACAGUGUCGCAGUAAAUCGUUUAUAAAUUUA